CGAGUUUCUCUGGUUGUAAAUAAUCGCAUUAACUUUCAAGCCAGUAUGCAAAUGCCAGGACUAGUGCACAAUAGUCCUCUGAUCUUCCUCUGUCUGCAGUAUUCGCCUGUUUUGUUGGGUAUAGAACCUCCACCUCUAGGAACUCAGAUUGAUUAUGUCAAGUCUGGUGAUUGGUCAUUAAGUGAGUUGCAAAUGGUCACUGCCAAAAACGCAUCAAGAUUCCUUCUCAUAAGGGGGCUGAUACGCAUCAUAAUUGUCGACCAGUGGCUUCCCUUCCUUCUGGAGCAACUAACUUAUCGAGGUCUCAUUAAUAUUGGAUCUUGUGUCAAGUGGACACCGCCCCUAUGUUCAAAGCUACGGCGAAGUGUAGUCGUUGGACCCACGGAUUUGAAGUCGGCAGUCUUAUUCUCUCAGCUGAAAAAUGGCUUUGAGUUGCGUCGAAAGCAUUCCACAAAUCCACGUGAUGUGGUCGAAUUUUCUGCAUUUGAAAACGUUCAUUUCUCCGCCCUGUUUGUGGAAUCUCAAUUUACUCUUCAGACUCGAAUCGCCUUCUUGAAUCACUGCCUUGGAAACCACAUAAUUGAUCCAUUCAACAAUGACGUGAUGUUGCUUGCGCAUCAACUUGGUUUGGAAAGUAUAGUCGAACUGCCGGCAACCAUAUUCAACCAAAGAGGCGAGAGGCUGGUGGUUGUUGUUGAUGACAUGUUCAACCGCGUUCGAAGAACCACCUAUAAGUUUUUCCUUCACUUAAUGAGCAAAAUGACAUUCGAAACCGAUUUACUCAGCUUAAUGACUGUGCAAGACAUGUUUGAUUCCUUGGAAUGUAAGAUGUUGAGUCAACUACCAGAGCAGGGGACUUUUCAGAAUGACUCUCAACUAUGCGAGUACUUUCUUGCGUGCAUAGAGGAGCGAUUGAUUGAGAGAUUGCUUCUUUAUGGGGAUGAAAAUACUUCAACACCUAUCUCGCUUUGCAACAUUUCACCCGUCUUGCUGCAAUCACUGUUAUCUAGUUCCGACCCUUUUUAUCCGCAAACCUUGCAUCUACUCAGUGAUAAAUAUGGGCCCUUAAGGUUUGCUGGUAUCAAUGCUCAUAAAGUGUUUGUUGAUCGUCUUAUUCCCUCCACCUCCAAGGAUAAUAGAGUAUGCAGUAUUGUUUUUCAACAUAUCGGCCCACGUGGUGGUCUUCACGUCUUGCGUCAAAAUGAAAAAGGACUUCAACCGGUUGCUUCUACUAUCGUGACUCUUCCUGCCUCCGCCAUCAAGAUCAUCUUUUGUGAUGAUCCAGUGGAAGAGGCGCUUCUAUCGCAUCAUUCAGGAGUGGAAAGCAACUUCCUGCAAAUAUAUUUGCCGCAUCAUUUCCGAAUUCCCAUUGGUAAGGCAAAGCAUUAUUCCAGAGGAGGGACUGAAAAACCGCUUUGCAUGUCAGUGACUCUGAUCUAUCCGUCCCCUUGGUGGCGUCCACUCCUUAGCAGGGCAAUGGAACCCGAAUCUUUGUUCAUGGAGGGGUACGGGGUCGAUCUUGAUGAAUUUCCAGAGGACUUCAAACCCCCAUCUUUAUUUGCUUUUAUCCCUGAGGAUCGCUCGUUGCGUGGCUUUUGCCAUAACUUUAGAGAUCUAUCCUAUGACCAGCCAGAAACUGUGGGCAUAAUUCAGACCCAAAUUUUUUCCAAAAGUGUUGAGACUCAUUGGUCAACUGAUGACGAGGUCCUAGCUCAAUUAGUACACACUCACCUGGUAAAAUCCCUCAAGGCUAGCAAAAAUGGCUACCAGAGGUAUAUUGCCAGUUCAGUGAACCGUUUAUCUCCCUUGGCUAUAUCCAAUGACACACGAGAUCCGCCCUACCUUGAGGCCAGGUCAAUUAAUCCUGAACUCACAAAAGUCGAUAAGGCCGUCUACUUCAGAAAUGCGGGAAAACCAAACGUUGGAGGUACCAAGUUUGAUUUCUUCAUCACUGAGGAUUGGUGGGCGCUCCUGUCAGAUGGGGCGGGCAUUCAUGUUUUAUCAGAGUUGACACGUUCUUGUGAACCGGCCAAAAUCCCAGAGGAAGAGGCUUUGGCGAGAGACGCUCUGUCAUGGGAGGUUAUGACGGGUCUCAAAUGGGCUAAGUUCUGUCUCACAGCGGAUUCACAUCCAACCUGGUCGGAGAAUCGCGCAAUAGUCAGUCUAAAAGCCGCUGCUAUUGAUGCACGAUCUACCUUUUCUUCGGAAAGUUCUAAUGUUUACAUAAGGAAUGCAGAUAAUGGUGACGAUCAUAUCGUUGAAAAUGAAAACAGGACGGAAAUUCAAGUAGCGAGUGCAUUGAAGCGUUCCCAUUCUGCGUCCCUACGUCGAUCCUCCCGACUUGUCAAACGACCUUGCACAAUGAAUCUGUAA